AUGGCUGUUAACAUCCCAGGAGUGAUAGCGAUGGUGUUUUUCUACCUGCUGGUCCUUGGGACCGGCAUCUGGGCUUCUUUCAAGUCCAAAAGGGAACAGAAGAAAAGUGCAGCCACUGGAACAGAGAUGGCCCUGCUGGGAAACCGGAGCAUUGGCUUGGUGGUGGGGAUCUUCACAAUGACAGGAGGAACCAUGAGUGUGGUUUUGGAUUUGACCUUCCCUGUGUGCAUUUGGAUCUCUGCUGCCAUCGCCAUUACCUACACACUGCUGGGAGGUCUCUACUCUGUGGCCUACACAGAUAUUAUACAGCUUGUGCUCAUAUUCUUCAGCUUGUGGAUCUGUGUUCCCUUUGCUUUGAUGAACCCUUACUCCUUGGACAUUAGCCAGACACUGAUGAACAACACCUUACAUGCUCCCUGGAUUGGUACACCAGGACUGAAAAAGACCUGGAUAAUGAUUGAUGAUUUCUUGUUCUUUGCACUAGGAGAAGUGGGAUAUCAGUGCUUCCACCAGAGAACUUUGUCGGCGUCUUCAACGUCCACAGCCAAGAUCACUUGCUUUGUUGCUGCUGUCAUCUUCCCUGUAUUUGGGAUACCUUCUAUACUGCUUGGGGCAGUCGCUGCAUCCACAGACUGGAACCUGACUUCCUAUGGUUCUCCAUCUCCAUAUGAACGAGGGGAAUCAGGUCUAGUUUUGCCCCUGACCCUGCAGCACCUCACCCCGUCCUUCAUCUCCAUCAUCUGUACUGGAUGUGUGGCUGCCGCCGUGAUGUCAUCGGCUGACUCUGCUUUGCUUUCUGCAGCUUCUCUCUUCACCUCCAACAUAUACAAGAACAUCCUGAGGCCUCAGGCAUCAGACAGAGAGACUCAGUGGGUGAUCCGUGCUUCUGUCUUGGUAGUGGGCUUAGUUGGUACAUCACUGACCAACCUGGAAAACAGCAUCUUAUUGUUCUGGUUCAUUAGUGCUGAAGUGGCCUACAUCAUAGUCUUCCCUCAACUCGUCUGCAUCCUCUUCCUCAACAUCUCCAACGGUUACGGGGCUGUGAUGGGUUUCCUGGUGGGAACUGUGUUAAGACUGCUCAGUGGAGACCCAUUACUAGGGUUAGCACCAGUCAUUCACUUCCCAGGAUGCACUCUUGAGGACGGUGUUUGUGUCCAGUACUCUCCGGUUAAGACCAUCUCCAUGUUGUCUGCCGUUGCUGCCAUCUUGUUUUUCUCCUACCUGGCUUCUGUGCUCUUCAACAAAGGCCUGCUUCCUGAGAAGUGGGAUGUGUUCAAAGUGAAAGUCCAGCACUCACCACAACCACUGACAGCAACAUAUGUUGCAACAGAAUACACAUGAUUAUGAGAAUUUGAGCAGAACACAGUCAAAUGU